AUGGACGAGGGUCAAGAAUCUGUUACCACUACUACGGUAGAAGAGGUCGAUAUUUAUAUACCAAUUUACGUAUUGACUGGAGUCUUUGGAGCAAUUUUCAUCAUAGGUCCAUUUUUGGUCCCCAAAAAGAACGAAAAUCGAGAAUGGGUCACCAUUUAUAUUGCCCAAAUGCACCCACUGAAGGCCCCGAGGCUAAAGAACACGACCAUGGCUUGGCUCGUCAAUGGUGACAGAGAAUUGAGCACGACCAUGGUGCCAACGAUCGCCGGCGAAGGAGCGGAUGCGACUCUAGAGCCCACCACCGACCCAUUAAGAACCAAUUUACCAGCUUCCGCGGCACCAACUAAUGCGAGACGGACUAGCACGAAGCAAACUACUAUGAGACAAACUACCACGAGACCAACUACCAGGAGAACAACUACUACGAGAUCAACUAACACGAGAAAAACUACCACAAGACCAAGUACCAAGAGUAAAAUUACUACGAGAACUACGAGACCAACUACCAGGAGAACAACUACUACGAGACCAACUACGACGAGAACAACUACCACGAGAACAACAACCACGAGACCAACUUCCACGAGACCAACUACCAUGAGACCAACUACCACGAGACCAACUACAACUAGACCAACUACCACGAGACCAAGUACCAAGAGAACAACCACUCCGAGAACUACGAGACCAACUACCAGGAGAACAACUACCCUGAAAACAACUACCACGAGACCAAGUACCAUAAGGACAACUACUACUACAAGAACUACGAUAACAACUACCAAAAGAACAACUACCACGAGACCAUCAACCAUAAGAACAACUCCUACGAGAACUACUAUAACAACUACCACGAAACCAACUACCACGAGACCAUCUACCAUAAGAACAACAACUACUACUACUACAACCACGAGACCAACUACCACACGAACUACCAGACCAACUACGACAAGACCAACAGGACCCUAUAUCAAACCCCCGGGGUACCAGAGACCACCUUGGGAACAACCAGGACCGGGGGGACAACAAGGUCAAUGGGGACAACCAGGUCAGUGGGGAGGACAAGGACCAGGAGGUCAACCAGGUCAGUGGGGAGGACAAGGACCAGGAGGUCAGUGGGGGGGAGAAGGACCAGGAGGUCAGUGGGGUGGACAAGGACCAGGAGGUCAGUGGGGGGGACAAGGACCAGGUCAGUGGGGGGGGCAAGGACCAGGUCAGUGGGGGGGACAAAGACCAGGUCAGUGGGGGGGACAAGGACCAGGAGGUCAGUGGGGGGGACAAGGACCAGGAGGGUAUGGCCCGAUAGACCCCACAUUUGUUCCCACUACUAAGCCACAACGAACCAGGCCAUUUGGAGCUACAGACCCCUUGUAUCCCGAUCGACCGUGGUAG